AUGUCUCGGGCGCUCGCUCGAUGCCAAGAAGAUCGUGGUAUGAUGCUCGACCCAACAGCGAGCGCCACGAAGCCACCGAACCAUGGCGUAACAGAGUCUCAGCCAGCCGGCGGUGACGCCACCUCGUGGUGGUCAGUGGCGGACAAUCUGUGGUUGCGCUGCCCGACGCCGAGGGCAGCCGCCUCCAUAGACAAUGUCCCCGAUUGCAAGAUCCGAACAAAGAACACCACAUUGCGACUCAAGGCGGGUUUGCUCCGUGCCACUGGUUCCGUCCGAUGGUCCGGCAUUUAUCUGUUGGCUCGCCGCCACGCGCACAACGGCACAAGCCGCCUUGAGGAUAGACCAGGCUGGGCACCUGCAAGCGGUCUAUGGAGAGAAAAGGGGUUCGAGGAGGAGGCGGCAGGAGCUUCCGUUCGCCAAGAAGGGAAUGUUCGCAGGCGUUCAUGGUUCUACAGGCAGAAUUGUCGCUCAGAGUUUUCGCCUAGGACGAUCGACUGA